UUUCAACAUUUUUUGUGUGUGGAUAGAAUCAGUUGGCUCCAAUGGGAAGAGAAGAGAUAGAAUCAUAGUGGGCUUGACAUUAACAAUUGGAAUGCUGCUGAUAUGCCUGAGCCUGGCAUUGUAUGUUUGGAGAAAGAAGCACAGGCAGCGCAAGAGAAAAGGAGUAGUGAGACAGAGAUCUAACAUUGACAGCAAUGAAAGCCAGAAAGAAGAUUUGCAGUUACCAUUGUUUGACUUAGGUGCAAUUGUAAAUGCAACUGAUAAUUUUUCAGAGAAUAAUAAGCUUGGAGAGGGUGGAUUUGGCUCUGUUUACAAGGUAACCCUGAAUGUUAAAAUGUUAUAGUUAGUAAAUCGGUGCUCAAAAA